GUAAACAAUUGUAUAGACUUCUGCCACUGCGUGUCGACAUUUUUCCACUUAGCUAUUCAGAAUGCUUUGAAGAGAUGAGCGACUUUAAUCAAGAAAACACAGUGACAUCAAAGGUGGGCAAAAACCCUUGGUUGUUGGGACAUUUCUCUGUUAAAAUCUGUGAUGGGAACUCCAGUUAAUCAUCUACAAUUUUGUAGAAUUAGACCUACCAUUAUUUAACCGUUCUGUCUUACACAAUAUGUUCACCUGUCUUCUCGGAACUCAGACCUUACUUGUUCGCUCGUUCUAAGAUUUUGGUUAUGGAUGCCUUUCGUCUAUGGAUAUUGGUAACUUUCUUCGGAACGGCCUGUUCCAUCCAUCCAGAAUGUGCCAUCAUUUCUGAGCAUAUGGAAGCUCAGGAGGCCUGCAUCAAACUACGAAGGACAGAGUCACGGAACCAAAGUGAAUGGAUGGGCUGUGGGUCGGAGUGGGACGGCAUCCAGUGCUGGCCCCGUGCGGAGAUGGGCCAGGUGGUCAAUCUGUCCUGCGCCAAAAUCCUCCAGCUCCUCACUCAUACUCAAGGGCAUGUGUUUAGAAAUUGCACUAAGGAUGGCUGGAGUGAAAUAUAUCCUGCAUAUACUAUGGCCUGUGACUUUGGGGAGGAGCCUGAAUAUGAUGAGACAAGCUACUUCUCCACUUUCCGACGGGUCUACACGGCAGGAUACGCCACCUCCCUCAUCUCUCUCAUCUUAGCUAUAUUCGUUUUUACUGCGUUCAGGAAGUUCCACUGCACCAGGAACUACAUCCACAUCAACCUAUUUGCCUCCUUCAUCCUGAGGGCAAGUGCAGUCUUUAUCAAGGAUGCUGUGCUCUUUACUGAUGAGACACUGGACCACUGCUUCAUGUCCACGGUUGCGUGCAAGUCUGCAGUGGCCUUCUUCCAGUUCUGCAUCCUGACCAACUACUUCUGGCUGCUGGUGGAGGGUGUCUACCUGCAGAGCCUGCUGGCACUGACGUUUGUGUCGCAGAGCAAGUACUUCUGGUGGUACAUCCUUACCGGAUGGGGUGUUCCAUCCAUAGUGCUUACCAUCUGGGUCCUCAUGAGAAACUUUUAUGACGACAGAGUAUGCUGGGACGACACAGACAACCCUUUCAUCUGGUGGAUACUCAAGGGGCCUAUAACAGCCUCACUGCUAGUGAACUUCCUCAUCUUCGUCAAUGUGAUCCGAAUCCUGGUGCAGAAACUCCGGUCCCCGGCUGUGGGAGGAAGCGACACCGGGAACUUUAUGAGGCUGGCCAAGUCGACGCUGUUCCUCAUCCCACUGUUCGGCAUGCAUUACACCGUGUUCGCAUUUCUCCCCGAGGACACGGGCAGGGACGCCAGACUCUACGUCGAGCUCGGCCUGGGCUCUUUCCAGGGUUUUGUGGUCGCUCUGCUGUACUGCUUUCUGAAUGGCGAGGUUCAGGCGGAGCUGAAGCGGCGGCUGCACAAGUGGCACACCCAGAGCCGCCUGAGCCCCACGCGGCAACGCAUCACCCUCACCCAGAUCUCCAUGCUGGAGAAACCCGACAGCCAGGGGGCAGUGGCACCCUGCCUAGCUAGUGGCGCCUCUAUCUGAGCCCUGCUGGCCCCUGGGCCCCCAGCAUCAAUCCAUCUUGUCCAGGCCUAACGUUGACACCGCAGUCGUCACAGACAUUUCAGACAGUAAGGCUGCCAUGGUGUUGAGCAGCAUAAUUUGGUUCUACGGGUUAAGGAAUCCUGGAUUCCGUUUGCGUUGCUGCCGCCACUUUUGCUUUUGCUGUUGCUGUAUCUCCACAACGGAACUGGGAAAACAUGAAUGAAAGUCUGCCUGUUCUAUCGACACAGAACCUCACCCCUGAAGGGAUACCUUUUGUCUUUGCGCUGUUACAAUCCUCCACCACCACCCCUACCAGAGUCCUACACCCCUGUCAUCUACCCACUUUCUCUGUCUUUGUGAGUGGAGUUGACUGUGGCAGCAGAUGCGGGCUGUGUGUGUGUGUGUGUGUAUUGUGGUGGGUGAGCAUGUGUGUAAGCGUGUGGGUGUGUGUGGGUGCAGAGCUGGGGGAAUAGAGGCAUGCGGUGCCUUGAUGAAUAUUAACGAGUACUCGGGCGAUUAAUUCUGGGGCUUGGUGGAUUUUUUUUCCCUCUGCUGCUGUCAGAUCUAGCGCAUUACCCCUGGUGCAGCUCUGCCACUGCCAGUGUCUGGCGCCUCAGAUUACUCAGCUCACACAGUCCGCUCUGAUCACAGCCCUCUGGGGCCCCCUAGUGGUGGUCAGAGGGUGCAACUACAGGAGAUUGUAAGUAAGGAAUUCAUUUGUCAAUGUAUGUACGUUUCCAUGCAUGUAUGUUUCUGUCUAUGUAUGUGUA